AUGUCGCAAAUUAUCUCAAGGCCAUCAUGGCUCACUGUUGCUGUUCUAGCACUGCUAGCAGUAUCAACUGUCAACGCCGCCCCAGUCCGUGCAACAAACCAAGAAAUGGAGGCAGAGCAGCCGACUAAGGUUGAAUCCCGAUCUCCUCGACUGAUCCCCGAUACUGAAGGAUACGUCCACGACCUCUUGAAAGGCUUAGGCCUGGAUGAGCCAAAGGCAACAUCAACCGGCACGCCAACCACAGCGAGCAUGAAAGCCGAGCAAGGUAAACCGGAGAAUGAAAAGGCCACACCAACCACGCACAUUACCUACUCCAGCUCUGUGAGCUACACACCCACCUACGGCAGCAAUGGUGCGGGCUUCACGCACACCGUGAAGCACGAGGAGAGCAACAACAAGCCCUUUGAAAAUGUUCAGAUCUUGCCUGGAUGGGGCAGCGACAAGAAGCUUACUUCCGAGAAUCUGCCGAGUCUCUUUGCUGCUAUGUACAGGGAGGUGAAGCACCGGGUUAGCGAUAUGAUUAAUAGCUCUGAUGAGAUUGGCCUGGAUGGGUUUACGUGA